AUGGGACAAGACGGCUCGAAGCAAGGGAGUUAUGUUGUGGCUGUAGUAGAUGCAAUCAAAUGCCCUCUUAACAUAACACUGUUCCUUAUAUGUAUUCUACUUGUUUAUUUAAGUCUAAGGCCACUGUUGAGAAGGAAAAGUUCUCAGAAAUGUGAAGUCCCAAAAAUGGGUAAACGUGAUUUUACCUUAGAAGAACUGCAGAGUUUUGAUGGCACUGGCGAACAUAAGAGAAUAUUGAUAGCGGUUAAUGGAAAGAUAUUCGACGUCACAAACAAAGGACAGGGGUUUUAUGGCAAGGGUGCACCGUAUGCUGCUUUUGCCGGUAAAGAUGCAUCAAGAGCAUUAGCAUGCUUCAACCUCGAAACAAAAGAUGACUAUGACGAUCUUACUGAUCUUACUGCUGAUCAAAUGCAAACCUUGAGGGAAUGGGAACUGCAGUUUUCCGAGCGUUAUGAUCAUAUCGGGCGACUUUUGAAACCAGGAGAGCCUCAUCGGGUUUAUGAAAUCAAUGAUGGAGAAGAUGACGUUGGGACCAACCGCGUUCAAAGUGUACUUGAAAAAAAAGUAACUUAA